GGUGCACCUACACAGGAAGAAUAUUCUACAACAAUGAAACCUUCCCUUCUGUGCUGGACCCUUGUCUCAGCUGCAUCUGCUUGCUGGGCUCCGUGGCCUGCUCCCCUGUGGACUGUCUCAUUUCCUGCACCUACCCAUUCCAUCCUGAGGGAGAAUGCUGCCCCAUCUGCCACGACUGUAACUAUGAAGGCAGGAAGGUAGGCAACGGGCAGGUGUUCUGGCUGGAGAAUGAGCCCUGCACGCGCUGUACCUGCCAGCUCGGGGAGGUGAGCUGUGAGAAGGUCACCUGCCAGCCAGCCUGCGCCGACCCUGGUCCAGCUUCACAGGAUUGCUGCUCCUCCUGCCAAGGGGUCUUGCUUCCUGUGGAAGGGACGCCUGAGCUCUCUCCACCUAAAACCGCCCGGAGCCCUGGAGAAGCAGCUGCGACCCCCCAGAACUGCAGCGUCUGUCCUGGAGCGCCCACGGCGGACGCUCGGAGUCUCCAGGUUCUGUCGAGAAAGAACACGUCCACCGUGGGGACUUUGCCCAUGGAGCCCCUGGGGCCGGGGCCCUCUCGCUCACCCCAGCAGCAGCCAAGGGCUGGUUUGGCCCCUUGUUCCUUAUCAGGGGCCUCGUGCCUUGUUCACUCUACCCCGGGAGCCUCUCAUCUACCUCCUACGUCCCCAGAGGUUCCUUCAUCUCUGCCUGCCCUGGCAGCGCCUUCCCUCCCACCGUCUAGGGUUCCAGGAACCCUCCAGGCCCGUUCGGCAUCUGAGGGGCUUUUGCUGCCCAUCGUCCAAAUGACAAAGUCUUCUGGGCCUGCUGAGACCAGGCAGGAGCCUUCCGAGCCCCCCACAGGCAGUUCUAGGCUUCCUGCGUCUUCUUCCAACACUGCUAGACUCUCUUCCUCCCCUACGGUUUCGCCCGGAUCUCCCUUGCAGAAGCCAACCGAGAAACCCUCCUCUGAAGGAGAGUGGAAUGUAUAAUGGGGUGUCCUUUGGAGGGCCGUGCCAGGGAGCCCUUGGGUGGGGGAGAAUGGGAGAGCGAGAGAGACAGAAAAUG